AUGGCGAGGAUUAUUGAGGGUUUCCGUGGAGGCGUGUUAAGAAACAAAGUCAAGGCUGUGAUCUCCAACUUCACCAGCGCCAUCGACUACGCCAAGCCACCCAGGCAGGAGCCCCCGGUCUACAGGGCCGGGAACGAGAAGCAGGAGGAUGACAAGUCAGAACUGAUGAUGCCACGGAAAGGAGGAAAGAAGGGAAGAGAAGGAGAGAAGGAGGAGAAGAACAAGAAGCCAGAGUUCUCCAACGAUGUCCGGUCCUUUGCCAUUGUUCUGAUGGAGAUGAUGGCUUGGCUGAAGCAAAAGCAGGUUGAUCAGGGUCUGGAUGAAGACGUUGCUGUGGGUUACAAAGGCCACAUCCUCUGGGAUAAACCUGAUCAAGGGUCGGUCAUUGGAGCGAGACUUGCCGGGGAGGGGUGCGCCAAGUCAGCGAGGGGUGUCCCUAGUGUUUUUUAUUCCCCUCAUGUCAGUCGGGAGAUGCUGGAUGUUGAAGCUGGACAGCUCCAGAUAGAUGACGCUGGAGGCGUGAAGGACGAGACAGACGAUAGGUGUGGUACACCGAGCCCAAAGAGGAUAUACUAUGCUAAUCAGGCUUACGCGGUGGAUGACAUGAGAUCCAGAAGGGCAAUGAGUGAUGCUGGGGUUUACCGGAAGAUUCUGAAUAAGAGGAUGGAGCGAACAAACCUCCCUCCAAGACCAAAAAGUGGGGUCGCUGAUAUACCUUCAAGAGAUAACCUUGACAUUCAAAGCACAUAUGUAGCACAUGCAAAGGAUAAGAAAGCAGGCGGAGGUAGUGGAGAAGAUGAUGCGGAAAGGUUGAUAAAGCCAGAGAAUGGUGAUACCCAUGGUUACCAUGGUAGCAGACAUGGUGGAAUGGUGUCUGAUUACAAUAGGAAUAACAUAGCAGGGGACGGGAGCAGCUUGAAGGACAAUCCGCGACUAGCGGCAACAUUUCCACGCCGGGCGAUGAUGUCAUCGGAUAUUCUCAAGAGUGAGAAGAGGCACAGUUUGUGCAGCAGCGAUAGCGGGAUAUCUUCACCCCGUAACUCCAUGAGAAGUACUAAUAACAAAUGUGGACAGACCAAGAAAUCUGAUGCUCACUUGAUAGAGCUGAAUAAUAGGGUGGAAUCGGCUCUUUCGGACAGUGAAGCCACUCGAGGGACAGCAGUUUCCAAGCUGAGAGGCAUGCUGGAUGCCAGUGCUCACAGUCAUAAGGUCAGUGAGGGAUCCACUGAUGGUGAUUCUUGUCAUGAAGAUGACUCCAUGAUGGAAUAUGGACCAAAUUUCAGAAACAAUCGUAGGAGGAAACCCAAACAGCAACACUCGUGUCCAAGUGACACAGGAAGUGAUGACUCAAAGUCGGAUCAUGAAAAAUCAUAUAGGUCGAGGAUGAAAUCAUGUGACCAAAGCGAUACAGAAAAAGAGACGGAUUAUGAGAGUGAUAGAAGGAGGGGUAGUGGAGAUGGAGCAGAGACGCGCUCAACAAGUUCCCUCUCCAAGUUCUAUGUCCGCAAGAAGUCUUUGACUCCGUUCACGGCAGGGAUUCCCGAAUCGUUGACCCCACCCUGCAGUCGACCUGUAAGUAGGGCCAGCAGUGCGGCUUCUCUCCUGGAUGCUCAGGACUCUUGUAGGGCCAAGUCUUACUACGAAGGCUCCAAAUCACACCGCAAGUUUUCACUAGGUGCUAUGAAACACGAAGGACAAGUAUAUGCCUUACCCAAUGGUACAGCCUAUGGCUACUCGCACGCUACACUACCCAAAGACCACCCUUCCCGAAGCAGAUGUCGAACCAUGGAUGGUCGAUCAAUGACAUUGUCCAGAGCCUCUAACCUUCACGACCAUCAGGUCGUCAUGGGACGCAACGGAUGGGGAUACUCCCAUUUUGUGGUGGGUGGCAACGGUGUCCGGACGCUUCCUCAGGCCAUGCACAACGGGGAGCACUUCUUUAUCAGGACUGUACCCAGUGGGGUCACUAAACACCAUGUAGCCUACAGCCAGCAGCUUCUGAGUGCCCUGCCUUGCCUCAAGGUUGGGAUAGGUCAGGAACAUCUCCUAGAGGUUGGAGACACCCAUGUGGCCAUCAUGGAGUGGCUGGCUGUCAUCAGGGAUUCCGACAGUUGCCUCAAUAAACAGUUACUGAACAUUCUGAAGGCUUGCUGGACCAGAGAGCCAUGUCCCGAGGCCAAUGACGUCCACUGCAUGCUGGAUAACUGCGUUACAGAAGUACCACUAUGAUGAGGGUCAAAGGUCACGCUUUGUCUGCUAGUUACCAACAAAAGCAUGAUUACUUUUUUAGAUAAUUCUUACAAUUCUAAUUGAUCAGCUACAAGAUGGGGAUGAAUACCAAAAGAUUAAUGAAAAGUUUUCUUGGACCUUAGGCCCUCAUUGAUUUGUACCACCUUGAUAGAAUGGUUAAGUCCAGGUAUCAUUAAUGUGCACCAUCUCCAGUCAAUAGGGUAUUGUUGUGAUAAGUGUAGGGUAUAUCAAUGUUUUUAUUUACACUACAUUUUAUGAUGCUGCAUGUGUGAAU